UGUCAACGGAAAAAAUACAAAGUUCGCAUUCCAUUCCAGUAAACAAGCUUUGCUCGUACAAUUCUACAUCAUACAUCAUGUCCGAUAUUUUCGGAAAUUUAGAUAACUUUCUAGAAAAUUACGAUGAAAACAACAUAUCCUCAAGCAGUAAUCUGUCCUACACAGGCAGCGGCAUUGCAAACGAUGCUUUGGUUAACGACCAUUCUAGAAGGCAAAGCACAAACUCUGCUACGGAAAGUAACAAAACCACGAAGACCAAACGAGGCAGCGGUCCAUCGCAAAACAAUAGAAAUAAAACAGCUACAACCUUAGGUAACUCAGCAGUUACCACAUCUACGAACAGCAGUGUACUAACACCUUCAACUCCAGCACCGGCUCCUUCCGUUGUUGAUUUGACACCAACAACUCUUCUUAGCAUAGCAGACGAAAUGCAAUUGCUUUUUCAAUCGUUCCAGUCUAUUUUCAAUUCUAAAAAUCCAAUCGUGCAGGAGAUGCUGAAGAACAGAGAGGCAAGUGUGAUAAAACGAAGCUUUUCUACGCUAAACAAUAGCUACAACAGAAAACCACCUGUGACCGCGAGCGAGGUGAUGAAACUGAGCAAAAAAAUAGAAUCAGUAAGAAAUAAUUUAACACAGCUGGACCAAAAGAUCAAAUCUACCCUAGAGCCUGUGUCUCCAGAUCAACCUUCACCGUCUGGUCGAUCACGGAACACCACAGCAGUGAACCAGUUGGGUCCGCCGAUUGUGAUUUCAUUGGAUUGUGAUGAUGACCCAGUACCGAUGCAAACCAAUGCCCUGUUCGGUAACAGACGUGUUACAAGACGUAGCAGGGCAAGCGCUUCCACCGAGGGUGGAUCUCAAUCAAAUGUUAUAACGUUAGACUCUGAUGAGGACAGUUUACCAGACUGCGUUGGGCAGCAGCUUAACAGUUCCAACAGGGCAAACAAUUCAUUCGAAACGGAAAAUUAUAUAAUGCGAAUCAAAGUCAAAUGGAGAAGAGGCAUCGAGAUGUUCGAGCAUCGGAGGUUUCAAAAGUUUGGCGAUAUUAUUGAUCAGCUGGCUAAGAAGGAGUCCGCAGAUAGUACAUGCAUUUUCCUGAAUCUGGACGAUCGCAUAGUCUACCCGAACGAUACGCCAGAUUCCAUCAACUACAAAUCAAAUCAAUUCAUAUCUGGUCGCAUUUUAAGAACUAAAGCUCCGGAUCUUCCCACCGCUCUUGUGCCGUCCUCCAGUAACAAUAACUGCAUCACACUUAAGAUACAAAUGGAAACACGCAAAAAACCGCUACGAUUGCAGAUAGACAAACAUCAAACCAUGUCCGUGUUAGUGAUCAAAUGUGCCGAAGAGCUGAAAUGUGAACCAAAAGACAUUAAAAUGUAUUUUGACGGUGAGCUAGUUGAUAACAGUUCCAAACCAGAGGAUCUGGACCUUGAAGGCGAGGAAAUUCUCGAUAUUCGUUUUUCAAAAUGAUUAAUUUACUCCCCCAAAAUCUGUUAUGUGUGUUCAUUCUUGCUGUUUUUAAUAAUUUGUUUGAUCAAGUCUAAUAUAAGUUAGAACGCACCCGGUGAUAUCUGUUGUAGCGGCACCGGCAACCACAGUCUCUGAACUCACAGUCUUGAAGUUGUAGUAUCACAUAAGAAGAGGAAGAAGAAGGAGAAUAAAAAAAAUGUUUAAAGUUGAAAAUAAAAACAAAAGUAUUUUAA